AUGCUGGCCUUCACGCGCCGCCCAGAGCCCGCAACAGUUAUGGUGAACCACCGCGGCGAGCGCAUGCUGCCGGUGCCGAGUCACUCGCUGCCGCCGUGCCCCACGAAAGCCAAGACGCGCAAGCUCUCGGUCAUGCAGGGCGACGACGAGCACGUGCAGUGGACCAAGAAACAGCGCAGCGACGACAACGUCGAGCCGGAGCUCGGGCCGGUGAGUGCAUUGAUGUGCGAGGAGCGCAGCAGUAGCGAGCGGCACUCGCCGUUCGAGCUGCACCUGAAGGCUGUGUACGAGGGACACGCCGAGGACGGCAUGCAGUUCUUUGAAUCGCACGGCUAUUACGACGUGACGGACGCGAACACGGUGGCCAUGUUCCGUCAGAAUUUCGGGCUGGGGAAGGCCUUUUGGCUCGGCAAAGAAGGGCAACUGAUGGAAGAAGAGAUGAAGGGACAGGGCAGUGACGACGAGCAGGAUGCGCUAGUGGCGGGGAUGGGGCCGACGCUGCCAGCAGCUGUGUACCCAUUUGGAUCCCAGCAGCAGAUCAUGAGCUCGCGCUCGCUGUUGCGUCGAGAACGCACAGAUUCAGGACGAUUCACGCUGUUGGACGACGAGGGAAACGAAGUAGACGACCACACGUUGUGGGAGAUGGAGCGCGAGGACCGACUCAAGGCCAAGAGUCUGGAGCUGGAUGACGACGAGCUCGCGGAUCUUGCGCAGGACGAGCUGACGCUUGUGCAGGCGAUUGCUGUCAUUCGAUCGGAGAAGUGCCAGCUGCAACGUUUUUUCGCACAGGCUUUCCAUGAGGAACAGGCGCGGGCUACGCCACUGUCCAGUGUUAGACACAGCCAGGCACAGUGGACGGAGCUGCCGCCGGCUCUGCCACCUGCUGAUCUGGAGUUGCCGCCGUAUUGUGGCUACGUCAACUUGCUGAAGGACACGAUUCCGUUUUUGAUGCGCAGCUGGCACAAGCGCUGGUUUUACUUGGACUUCCAAGCAGGUGUCGUGCUCAUGUAUAAGCGCAGCUACUGGAAGAGUCCGCGCGGCGUCGUGGACCUGCGCAACGUGGCCCACAUUGAGAAAAUGAGUCAGGGAGACUUUCGCCUGGAGUUUUUCGACAAGGGCGCGAACGCUCCAUCGAUGAUGCUCAUGCGCUCAAAGCAUUCGGAGGAAGCGGAGCUGUGGGUGAACCUGCUGCGCUUUGCAAAGCAAGCGUCUCAAGGUGCACCCUCUUUGACCCACGCUGUGAUGGACAACACGAAAGCGAUCAUGAAGAAAGUGAACAAGAAAAACCAGGUGGACAUUCUGGCGCAGAUGCUGGCAAACUCGGCCAACAGUGCGCGAUCGAAGAAUUUGCGCGCUAUCGCCCAGGCCUCGGCCGUUGCAGCAUCAGCCGUGUCGAACAUACGCCACAACAAGACCAACGUCCUUCGCACCGCUAUUGCAGCAUAA